CAUGCAGAUAUGGAUACAGGACAUACAGCAUAUGGAGAGCAGUUAAGGCAGUGGUCAGUAAAAUGGGGAGAAAGAGCAAGGUGCACAGAGAAAACACCAUACCUGCUAACCCCGGGAACAGUGCAAAUAUGCUCUGGUGAAUGCUUUAGAUGCGGCGCACACAGACACAUCAGGCCAAGAUGCCCUAUCCCAGCAGAUGCUCAACUCCCGAAGAAUGAGAGCAUAUGGCACAGCAACUGCACACAAAUUCUUGGCACGUUCAACAGAGCCACAGCCCCCCAAAUUGUACGAGUCAAAGCGCUCUUCAACAAAGGCGCAAUGAUUAGUGCAAUGUGCAUGACGGUCUUCAACAGCGUCAAGCACCGCCUAGGGAACUGGAAGGUGUCAGUAAAGAAACUAAGAAUGGCCAAUGGUGCACUGGUCCCAUCAAAGGGAACGUGGAAAGGUGAAGUCACAAUAGCAGGAGUUGAAGCACAAGGAGAGUUCGAAGUCUUCGAUAGUGGAGGAGGAUGGAAGUUCUUGCUUGGGAAACCAAUGCUACAGGCAUUUAAAGCUAUACAUGAGUACGAAACUGACACAGUCCUUAUAACAGGAAAUGGGAUCUCAAUGACCAUCAGCAAUCAGAAUGAAGUUCAAGAGACUAUGACAAAGCAAGACACCAAUGGAACCACCAAGCAAUGA